AUGUUUCCUCCCAACUCCCGCUUCGAUAAUGGAGGAGGAGGCGGCGGAUAUGAUUCCAAUGAUAGCAAGGGGUUCAGCUCUUGUCCUCUGGGACAAAAGCCUUAUUCAACCACUGCUGUAUCUUCUGCUUAUGGUUAUUGCAACCCAAGUAAAAAGAUCGACAUCCCAAAUAGAAGGGUUGGUGUGAUAAUUGGUAAAGGUGGAGAGACUAUAAAAUAUCUUCAGAUGCAAUCUGGAGCAAAGAUCCAAGUUACAAGAGACAUGGAUUCAGAUUCUCAUUCACUCACCCAAACUGUAGAGCUAACAGGUACUUCAGAAUCAAUAGCAAAGGCUGAGCAGUUGAUUAAGGAUGUGCUUGCUGAGCUAUAG